AUGGCCGCCAUCUCUAUGCCCAUCGCCGCUCGCGCCGAGUACGCUCUCCACCAGCUGGCCAAGCGUGACAAGAACUGGGCUCAGCGUGAGCCCGGUGUCAUCGUCGUCUUUGUCAUUGUUUUCCUCGUCGCCGUCCUGGUCAUUGCCAUGUUCAUCAACAAGAAGAGGCAAGCCGCCAAAGGCGUCGCAUAA